GGGAGGCGAGAGAGCGACGCGAGACCAGCGGCCCGAAGACACCGAGCUGCUCUCCCUGCCCCGGUCUCCCUACCUCCGCCCCCCGACGAGUGUGUGGGCGUGGGUGUUUAGGUGUAGGGUGGGCGCCAGUGCCAGUGUGGUCCUGGCAGUUGGGCGGCGCGGGUGUGCGUGCGCGUAUUAGUGAGUGGCAGCUCGGUGCCGACAUCCAGUGAGGGCCAUGUGACGCUCGCCUGCCUCUCCCCGUCAGCAUCGCCAUCGCCUUGCAGACGUCGGCAACCCUGGCUCCGCGACCGAUUCCAGCAGGUCCGGGUGGCGGUGAGGAUGUCACUACAUUGGGAAAAGCUCUCACCUGCUGAGUUUCAACAGCUGCAGGACUUCUCCGCCUACUCGAGCAAGAAGCUUGAAGAUGUCCUCAAAGAAUUUACAGGAACCGGGACGCUGUCUAAGUACAGUCUCGAUGGCGACAUCGACUAUGAGGGAUUCCGACAGUUCAUGGACACGUACUUGGAGGUUGACACGCCGGAGGAGCUGUGUCGCCACCUCUUCCUGUCCUUCGUGAAGAGGCCCCGCCCCCAGCCAGUCGAACCCAAGUCAAUCAAGGAGAUGGCUGUCAUGUCCUCGGCGACGGCCUGCGCCCCCAUCACCUCCCACAACACCUCCGGAGGCUCCAUCAGCAACCUGGCCACGUGCUCCGUCGGGGAGGCCAUGAGUGGAGGCAGUGGAGGAGGAGGUGGAGGAGGUGGAGGAGGAGGUGGAGGGACGCUGGCGGAGAAGCUGCAUGGCCUCACCGAGAAGUUCUCCUCCUUGGGCCACAACAGGAGUGACUCGGAGGCGUCCAGUCGUACCAGGACAGGGAGCAUCGGGGCGUGCGUCCACCCGCUGGUCACCGUCACGCAGACCAACAGCUACACGGACGGCAAGAUGGAGAAGAGCACGGACUCCUCGCCCUCGCACUCGCAGAUGUCAAGGUCGUCCUCCAAGAAGUCCAACAACUCGCUGCUCGUCACCAAUGGAAAGCUGGAAGAUAUGAAACAUCUUGUCCGAAAAUCGAGCAGCAUUGAAGUCCAUACCGUCAGAGUCAACCUUAAGGACAUUAUUUGCUACCUCACGUUGCUUGAAGGAGGCCGUCCCGAGGAUAAGCUCGAGUUUGUGUUUCGAUUAUAUGAUACGGAUGGAAACGGGGUUCUUGAUACGAAUGAGAUGGAUUGCAUCGUCAAUCAGAUGAUCCAGGUCGCUGACUACCUCGGCUGGGACGUCACCGAACUGAGACCGAUCUUGACGGACAUGAUGGCGGAGAUUGACUACGAUAACGACGGGACUGUUUCUCUGGAGGAAUGGAAGAGAGGGGGGAUGACCACCAUUCCUUUGCUCGUGCUGCUCGGCCUCGAUACGAAUAUGAAAGAAGACGGGAACCAUGUGUGGAGGCUCAAACACUUCAGCAAACCCGCGUAUUGCAACCUCUGCCUCAACAUGCUUAUGGGCCUUGGCAAGAAAGGUCUCUCUUGCGUAUUCUGCAAGUAUACAGUCCACGAGCGAUGCGUCCAGAGAGCGCCGGCGUCCUGCAUAGCGACCUACGUGAAGAGCAAAAGGACGUCUCAGUCGAUGCUCCACCACUGGGUCGAAGGCAACUGUCCGGGGAAGUGUUCGAGGUGCAAGAAAACCAUCAAGAGUUAUAACGGAAUCACGGGUCUGCACUGCCGCUGGUGUCAUUUGCGGGUCUCCACUCCGAUGUCGUUCCAGAUCACUCCCCUCCCAGGCACUCAUCCUCUCGCCGUUUUCGUCAAUCCUAAGAGUGGAGGCAGACAGGGGGCGAGGAUAUUGAGGAAGUUCCAGUACCUGCUGAACCCCCGCCAGGUGUACAACCUCGCGAAGGACGGUCCUCUGGCGGGCCUGCAGCUGUUCAAGGACGUGCCCAAUGUCAGGGUCAUCGUGUGUGGAGGAGACGGUACCAUAGGCUGGAUUCUUGAACAGAUGGAUAAAGUACAGUGGAGUGUGGCCCCGUGCGUAGGCAUCAUCCCCCUUGGCACGGGCAACGACUUGGCACGGUGCCUUCGAUGGGGUCCCGGAUAUGAGGGAGAGAGUCUUCAUAAAGUCCUUAAGAAGAUCGAAAAGUCGACGGUGGUGAUGAUGGACCGGUGGCACAUCGAAGUCUCGGAGCAAACUGGAACCCACGAGGACAUGGACGAGGUGGCAGACAAGAUCCCUUAUAAUAUCGUCAACAACUACUUUAGUAUAGGCGUGGAUGCGGCGAUCUGCGUGAAGUUCCACCUGGAGCGGGAGAGGAAUCCGGAGAAGUUUAACAGCAGGAUGAAAAACAAACUUUGGUACUUCGAGUAUGCAACUUCUGAGACCUUCGCCGCCUCUUGCAAGAAUUUACACGAGGAUAUUGAUAUCAUGUGCGAUGGCGUGUCCCUCGACCUCUCCAACGGCCCUUCACUCCAAGGCAUCGCCCUCCUGAACAUCCCCUACACCCACGGCGGCUCCAAUAUGUGGGGGGACAACGCCACGAAGAAGAGGACGAAAGCCACGAAGAGUAAGAAGAAGAAAGACAGGGAGAGGGAGCUCUCGACGUCCUCCUUCACGUCGGCGGAUCUGAGCAAUGCGAUACAGGACAUCGGCGACAAGCUUAUCGAAGUCAUCGGGUUCGAGAACUGCCUGCACAUGGGCCAGGUGAGGACGGGGCUUCGCGGCUCCGGACGACGACUUGCCCAGUGCUCCUCCGUCGUCAUCAGGACCAGGAAGAAGUUCCCCAUGCAGAUUGAUGGAGAGCCCUGGUGUCAGCCCCCGUGUACCAUCCACAUCAGCCACCACAACCAGGUGCCGAUGCUGAUGGGUCCGAGCACGUGUAGAAGAAAGGGCUUCUUCUCCUUCAUGCGGAAGUGACAGGGGGACUCCGGGGUGACGAAAAGUAGCCCCAAAUGCGCCAAGGACUCUCUCAGGUUUUCCAAACUCCGGUGUUUCACGCGCAGGUCUUAGGGCCCGCGAGAGCACGAAGGAAGGAGAGAGGAGAAUAAGACGAAGCCAAAGCCAGUGCCAAGUCAACGCUUCUGGAUGGUCAAGAAUGUGGGGAGAUGUGACUGAAAGUGAAAAAAAAAUGGAAGAGAAAAAUAAGAUAAAUAGAGAAUGGAUGAAAGAAGAAAAAUCGGAGAGAGAGAGAGUGAUUCGUUUUGAGUGCACCCAGCAAGUAACUCAAGUAUGUCCCCAUAUCAGUAUCCAAAAUAGAUAAAUAAUGGAUAUGGCAGAUGGAGACGAUUAAUGUAAUCAGUGCUGGAAUUAUAAUUAUACUCCAUAAUGCCAGAAAAAAAUAAGAAGGAAGCCAGAACGAUAGGUUUAAGAAAAAGAAAAAUCCUGAAAAAAGAAGAACGUUAUGCGUAUUUUUCCAGUGACGUCAUAGCUUCCCGAAAUUCCUUGUGGAAUCAGUAUAAAAAUUCAGUUUAAAUGCUCUUUGCUGAUGCGUGGAAAACACAAAUACACAUAUAUAUAUAUUUCAGCAUAAUACUAUCGAAAGCAUAAUGUGUUGUGAAAUGAAAACUUAGAAAUAUCAAACAACUCUAUUUUAAAAACUUUACUUUUUUGCCAUUUUAGAUCCCAGAAAAGCAUCUUGCAGAUUUAAUGCCGUAUUUAAGAAACCCCCCGAAACAAAUAUUAAAAAGGAACGAAAAAUCUGAAUAAUAACUUAAGAAAUCGCUCUUAAGUAGACUACGGUUGUGAUGUCACUUUAACUGGCAAAACAGAAAAAAUAUAAGAAUAGGCUCUUUUUUUCUAAAGGAAAAUGUAUUUAGUUUCCGUUACAGGACUUAUUCAAAAUACUAUCUGACACCGAAAGAGAAUUUGCACA